CGGGAGGCCGCGCUGGCGGGGGGCACGGUCCUGCCGCGAGGGGGAGGUGGGCUCAGGGAACCGGUAACGGCACGUCUGCGGCCUCGGGCUCAGUCACACUGAGGCUGACGUCAUACUUCCACUAUCAGAGGAAUUGUGCAGCAGUAAACCUAUGCUGUGCCAGCCCCUUCCUGGGGUAAGAACAAUUUAAAAUUCUGGAGAACCUGCUUUUUCUCCUGCUGCCUGCCCUGAACUGAACAUACGCGCUUCAGAGCUCCAGGUUUUCAAAAGAAGGGUGGUCAAAUGAAUGACAUCAUGGAAGAAAACUGCAAGAAAGGCAAUUCUGCCCAGGAAAAAUCUGCAGAAGAAAAUGUCUCUCUUGAUAAGGAGAGUUUGAUAACACAGAGACAACUGCAACAAGUUGAGAAACAAUUAAAAUCCUUAGCCUUUCAGAAUCCAGGACCUCAGGUAGCUGACUUCAAUCCUGAAACUAGAGAGCAGAAAAAGAAAGCGUGCUUGUCACAGAUGAAACAAGGUUUUUUAAAUAAGCCCAAAGUUACAAAGAAGUAUGACAAACGUGGCAGGCUGCUUUGUAAUAACAUGGAUUUGUGUGAUUGCCUGGAAAAGAACUGCCUGGGUUGCUUCUAUCCUUGCCCCAAAUGUAAUUCAAACAAAUGUGGGCCAGAAUGUCGCUGCAAUAGGAAAUGGGUUUAUGAUACAAUUGAGAAUGAAGUGGGGAAUGUUAUCAGUGUGUUGCCAUUUUCUGUCCCUGACUGAUUUUUGUUCUGGUAGUUUUUGUGCCUG